GUUAGAUAGCCGGAAGUUCUUGAACGAGUCUCGACGUGUUAAUUUGUGCGGUUCCUAAAGGACGAAGUAACGAUACUUUUUGUACGUGUAUAUUACGUCGAAAAUGGCUACAAUUUUGCGCGUGAAGAGAAGAGACAGCGUUCUGCCGGAAGAUGCACUCAUCCUUUGUAAACGGCAGAAAUUAUCCAACGACGAUGACGACGACGAAGCCGCUUACUCGGAUGUUGUUCCCGCAAUCGCCAAAUUCGCUGGCACACUCAAAAAUCCAGAGGAAAGUAUUUUGAAACAUUUGGUUAAAACUUUGAACAAAGAAGAGUUAAAAGCUACUUUCAAACAGCAUCCUAGUAUGAAUGUUUUGGUACAGAUGCGAGAACAGGCAAAAGAGAACUCGGCCAAAAAUAGGUACAAGGUUGUCAAUCGUCAUCGCUCGCUGAAUACAUCUGAUAUAGAAGAGUUUGAAGAUAAAGUCAUGAGGUUUAUAGAUGUAGAAGAUUCAGCUUCCCUGAUAGCAAACCAAAAUACAGCAGCUGCAGUAAUAGAAGAAGAUGAAGAUAAGCAUAGCAACUAUGUAUACGAUGUGUAUUAUGCGGACAACUGUGAUUCUUCCAAUGAUUAUGUAUCGAUACACCCGCUUAACUCGCAAGAGCUAGUGUAUGAAACACCCGCAGAAGAGGGUUAUGCGAGCGACCAUGAUUCCAACGAUUCGAAUGCGGAGUCGUAUUAUCAGAACAGUUACCCCAAUACUGAGGCGUCAGAUGAAGAUUCGGUCGAUGAAGACGACAUGAGAGCUGCCAUCGAUGGCCUCAGGGUUUACGACUUUUCCAGCGACGAGGAUUACCUGGACAAUACCGAGGACUACGGUGAUGAGGGCGAGGUGCACGGGUGCGCGUACACUAGGUACAAGCAGAGGAUGAAACCAUUGUUUGACGAAAGCGAGGACACCGAAACCAGCAGUGAAAACAAUUCUGACAACGACGAUGAGGCAUUCCUCGAUCAAGGGACGGACGUCUCGUGUUGAACCAGGGAAACGCAUAAAAGUCCGAUUUUAUUGCUAUCGCGAAGUUGAUUAGCACAAAAAAUGUGUGAUCGAGAUUUACCUCUUUAGAAUGGAACAUGCUAUUUAUGCAAUAAUUAAGAGUUUUACAAACAGUUACGUAUUAAUGUAAAUAUUCCCAAAGUCACGCAUGGUGCGUUCAAGAGUGAGGAUCAUUUGGAUAGUUGAAAGAAUUCAUAUUUCGAGGAUCCUCGUGUGACUGCCUAUUUUUAGACGACUUUGUUGAACUUUGUUAAAAUAGUAUGCAAUAGUAUUUAAUUCUAAAACCAAUAUAAGUAAGGUCGGUUCGUGUAAUAGUUGCAUCGAGAAGGUUGAUUUGAAAACGUCAACAGUGAAGUAUUCCAAUUCUAUUAAUGUAUGUAUGAAUUUGUUUCUUGUUGAUGCAUAAAUGUAUAUGCAUCGACCUCAGUGUAUCGAUUUUUCUGCGUGUCGCAAAUAGAUUUUAGCAAUACCGGUGUCGUUGUAAGGAUUUUACGCGAAUCACAAUUUUGUCCAUCGGUUUCGGAAUUCGUCAUCCCGCAAAAGUUUCAUUGAAUAUUGGUAUCGAAUAAAUUUCCAUUUAGUAUA